AGUGACGAUCAUGGACGACGUUGUCAACAACGAAGCUGGGCCAUCGAACAGCGCCGCAGGCAAGACCAAUGGCGCUCAGGUCGCAGCGCUGUCGAUGCCUGCAGCGCCAUCCACCGAUGACCUGCCCACCUUCGCCUCCAUCUCCCAUCUCCUGUCCCCACCUAUCCUUCUCGCACUUUCUACCCUCCGCUUCUCUCACCCGACUCCGGUACAAGCCCAGGUCCUUCCUCUCGCUCUCUCCGGCCAUGACAUUGUAGCUCGGGCUCGUACUGGUUCCGGCAAGACCCUUGCUUAUGGUCUGCCCAUUGUGCAGAAGAUCCUCAAGACGAAGGAGGCGCUGGGAAAGAGCAGUGGAGACUAUCAGAGGACACGAGGUCUGAUCCUUGUUCCCACUCGAGAGCUGUCAGAGCAGGUAGCAAACCAUGUCGGUCGUAUCUGCGCUGGGAGCGGCGAGGACCUGAAAGUGGUCAAUAUCGCUCGAGAGGCCAGCUCAUCGGUCCUCAAGCUGCUCCUCGCCGACAGGCCAGACAUCAUCGUGGCUACGCCUUCGCGGGCACUGCACUUUGUACAGUCCCAGACUCUACCGCUUGACCACCUCGACUCGCUAGUGUUAGAUGAGGCAGAUCUUCUCCUCUCCUACGGCCACGAUGAGGCGGUCAAGGCCCUCUUCUCGGGCAAUCACCUCCCCAAAACCUAUCAGAGCUUCCUCAUGUCGGCAACGAUGUCACAAGACGUCGAGGCUCUGCGUUCGCUCCUCUCGUCGUCUUCUUCGAGCACACGCAAACCUCAGGUGCUCAAUCUCAAGGAUGACGCUCAUACACAUACCCACCUCGCUCAGUAUUACGUGCAUCUCUCGAAUGAGGACGACAAGUUCCUCUUGCUGUACGUCCUGCUCAAGCUGCGUCUUGUCAGAGGCAAGGUCCUCGUCUUUGUCAAUGAUGUGGAUAGAGGGUACAAGGUGCGGCUGUUCCUCGAGGCAUUCGGCGUCAGAAGCUGCGUCCUCAAUGCGGAGAUGCCUGGCAACUCGCGGUACCAUGUGGUGCAGGAAUUCAACAAGGGCGUGUACGAUGUCAUCAUUGCUACCGACGAGGGAGCAAGGGAUAUCAAGGGUGAUGAGAGGUUGAUGAAGGAGGAAGAAGAGGGUGGACAAGAAGAGGACGAGGAGGAGGAGGUAGCGGAGGCAGAGGAUGAUGAAGAGGCAGAAGGGGAAGAUGACGAGGAAGACCUCGAUGAGGCGAACGAAGCAACAGCAACGUCGGACAAGAAGCGCAAGCGCCCUUCUCCAUCACCAGAAGCUGUGGCCCCAAGCAAGGCCAGCAAGAAGAAGAAGUCCAAGUCUAGCACCGCUACUGCUGCAACAGAGUAUGGCGUCUCUCGGGGAAUCGACUUUGUCAAUGUCUCCUGCGUCGUCAACUUCGACCUGCCGGUCUCUCUGUCUUCCUACAUCCACCGCAUUGGGCGGACUGCUCGUGCCCACCAAAGUGGUAUUGCAUUGAGCUUCAUUGUCUCUCCAGGUGUCAACAGCGAUGGUACAAAGACGGUCACCACUUCUUCUAGCACGACUGGUAUGAAGGGUACCGCCUCCCCCACAUCGGCCCUGGACCCUUCGACAUGGAAGAAGAUCUCCCGGCAUUUCAAGCGUCUCGCCUCUCCCGCUGCUGGAGGUGUGAGCCCACUGCAGGCCUGGAAGAUCGACUGGUCCCUCGUGACGGGCUUCCGAUACAGGAUGGAAGACGCAUUGCGUGCUACGACGCGCCAUCGAGUCAAGGAGGCGCGGAUCAAGGAGAUCAAGCUAGAGAUCUUGAGGAGCAAGCGUCUCAGGGAGCACUUUGAGGACAAUCCACGAGACUUUGAGUAUCUCCGCCAUGAUGGAAAGGUCGGUGGAGGAGGUGCUGCAGGUCAGGGUCACCUGAAACACGUACCCGACUACCUUCUGCCCAAGGGCAUGGGUGUGAGAGGGCUCAAGGCACCUCGUGUAGAAAGCGAAGCGGGUAUACAGGGCAAGGUAUCGUACGAUGAGCAGGGCAGGUCAUUAGGCUAUGUAGGCAUGAGGAAGAAUGCUGCUGGUAGGGGCAGAGGUGGAGCAGCGAGGGGUCGCGGAAGAGGAGGAGCUGGAAGGGGUGGCUCCUCGAUGAGGGGGAAGAAGAAGGAUCCGCUGAGGGUAGGGAAGAAGUGAGGCUCUCUAAAGGAGCAGUAUCCCCUUGGUCUUCGAUUUUCUGCCGCAAAUGUAAAAACCGUUUUGGUUCAUCUUUCAGAGGCC